ACAAAAUGUUUUCUUUCACUCUUGGAUAGUGGUUGGCCAAAGCCAUGUAUUGUUUUAAAGCACAAUGACAACAGAAACUAUUAAAUCCCCCUGAUCAAAAGUUUACAUAACCUUAUAAUUCGGCCUGAUAACCUGCACCUAACUUGAAACAGUUGGGAUUGAAUGGCUAUUAAAGGUAACGAUCUUCACCUGUGAUCUGUUUGCUUGUAAUUAGUGGGUGUGUAUAAAAGUCAGUGAGUUGCUGGACUCCUGAGAAACUCUUGUAUCCCUCAUGUGGUGCUGUGCUGAUGUCUUGGAUGCAGAAUCAUGGGAAAAGCAAAGCACUUGCCAAAGGAUCUGCGAGAAAAGGUCGUACAACUGUACAGAUCAGGAAAGGAAUAUAAGAAAAUUGCCAAACAGUUGAUAAUGCCUGUCAGCACUGUUCAAACACUGAUUAAGAAAUGGAAAGUAAGAGGAACUGUAGACAUCAAACCACAAAGUUUCCCCCACAACUGCAAGGAGAAUGCAGCGUAUUAGGAACUGGGGACUACAGGCAGCAGGCUCGCUCGUCCAUGUCGUCGCAGCAGCAGACAGGCCACAAGCUGCCCAACGAGCCCAGGGAAAGAGCCUGAUCCUGGGCUAAGAAAGCCAGCUGAUGCCCUCCUUCCAUCAGAGCUGGAACAUGCUAUAGCCACCUGACGAGCCAGCCAAGAUGAUGGCCUCGGUGGUUGUCGGGGGCAUCCGGAAGAGGUCUCUGACGCUGAGAGGGGUGGACCCCGAGACCUGUAUGAUCGUGUUCAAGAACCACUGGGCUCAGGUAGUGAAGAUCCUGGAGAAACACGAGCCGGGUCGCAGCAGCACCGGUGCUCUGAGUUUCCUCUCCGGUCACACUAGCAGCUCUGGAGGAUUACGCCUCGGUCCCAUCCCGGCUGACGAAGCCAGCGCCGUCCAGAACUAUGUGGAACACAUGCUCUUCCUGCUGAUGGAGGAAGAGGCGGGGCAAGGGGGAGCGAUGGGUCCGAUCCUGGAGUUUGUGGUUCUGGAGGGUGUGAUGGAGAGGCUGUUUCUGUGGAGCCUGAGGAGGCAGUUUACUGAAGACAUGAAGCUGGAGCAGCUCAGGAUGUACCAGAUGCUUCUGUCUCAGGCCAGGCAGCCUCUACUGCACCAUAAACCAGUUUUACGCCCGCUCAUGAUGCUGCUGGCCUCCUGCGCUGGACCUGGAACCGACAGCGGUGGUGUGGUGGAGGCGGAGCUGGUUCUCCUGUUGAACCAGCUCUGUGUGGCUCUGGUCAAAGAUCCCUCAGUGCUGGAGCUGUUCUUCCACACCAGUGAGGACCAGGGAGCCGCCAACUUCCUGCUGUUCUCCCUGCUCAUACCGUACACACACAGACAGGGUACGGUUGGUCAGCAGGCCAGAGAUGCUCUGCUGCUCAUCAUGUCCCUGUCGGCCUCCGAUCCUCGAGUCGCCCAGCACAUCGCGGAGAACACGUACUUCUGUCCUGUGCUGGCCACAGGUCUGUCCGGUCUGUACUCGUCCCUUCCAGCCAGGCUGCAGGUUUACAGUGAGGACUGGCACUACCUGGACGAGGACGACUGGCAGCAGGUCCCAGCUCUCGUCCACUUCCUGCACUCACUGGACUUCUGUAGUGCUGUUACCAAGGUCGCUCAUCCCUCCAUCCGGUCUCAGUUGCUGGGUUACAUCUACAACGGCUUCCUGGUGCCUGUAAUGGCUCCAGCUCUGCACAAGUUGACCGUGGAGGAGGUGAUGACCACCACGGCGUACCUGGACCUCUUCCUGCGCUCCAUCCCUGAGCCCACCCUCCUGCAGCCCUUCCUGUCCUUCAUCCUGCUGCACACACAUGACAACGUGCACAUCCUGGACACACUGGUCAGCAGGGUCAACACACCUUUCCAGUUGGGGACGGUGUCUCUGGCUCUGUUCAGGACUCUGAUUGGUCUCUUCUGUGAAGACGUCAUGCUGCAGCUGGUGUUCAGGUAUCUGAUUCCUUGCAGCCACCUGACCAGGAAGCAGCGCUGCUCCUUAAAGCAGAGGGACUGCUACUCCUCCAGCGCUGCCUCAUUCCUGCUCCUCAUGCCCUCCUGGUGCCCUGAGAACCUGGACAACACAAAUGUACACUCAGAGCACCACAUCCACUGGCCCAAAGGAGCAGAUCUGUCAGUAUCAGACAGUGUUGGUUACUGUCGCGGUUCAGACUUUUUGAUGGAUGUAAACUAUCUCCACUACCUCUGGGACGCCCGUCAGGCCAUCUCCACUUCCCACAGGGCAUGUCAGUUCUGGUCAGCUCCGUAUGACGGGAUCAACCCUUCGCCUCAAGAAUACCGAUCUGACACAGCAGGGGAUGACAUAGAAGAAGAGGAGGAGGUCAUAACGCGAGUCAAGAGUGACUCUAUCUGCUCUGUGGCUGACACUCCUCCGCCUUUGGCCGUCUCUCCUACCCCAUCCUCCUCAGACACCAUCUCCACAGGCAACCAGGCAGGACGAGCCAGCUCUGCCCUGGAGCUGGAGUGGGACGACAUUUUUGCAGAGGACGAUCUCUCUUUAUCAGGCAUGCUAGCAAACGGCUGCCCUUCCACUGCCGCACUUCCUCCUCUACCUCCUCGACACAUCCAGGAGAUGCGACGCACCGCGACUAAGCUGGUGCACGGCUCGUAUGUAGAGGAGUCCGAGUUUCAGGACGACGUUCUGGUCUACGAUCUCGUCGCCCAGAAAGACACAAAGGCGGCCAUUUUGGAGCGAAUCAUGGCUGCAAAUCGGCGGGCGAGGGGAAGCAUCUCGAACGGCCAACGAGUGUCGACAGCAGCGACGACAACGAUGACAGCGAUGUUGGCGACAACAGGGAGGACGGUAAUAGAAACAGUUAACAGCAUAAUGUCGACGAGGAGGAUGAGCGAGGAUGGAGGGAUGGAGGAAAGGAGAUGGAGUGAGGAUUAUGGGAAGGAGGUGAGGAGGAGGAGUGAGGACUGUGGAAAGGAGAUGUGGAGAUGGAAGGAGGAAGAUGAGAUAAAGAGGAUGGAUGUACAAGGAGAGCCAAAGAGACGUCCGUUUUUCACCAAUGGUUUCAAUGCCAAGAAUCACAUCAUCCACAAAUGUGAUGACCUUGAUGAAGACAACACACUUACACAAAACUGCAAACUGAGUGACCUCACAACCACUAUCACUAAUCACAUGCACACACGCCACAACGCACAGCAUCCCACGCCAUGUUUAGAGGCUUUACCCAACGGCUAUUCAGAACCUGAGCCACACAACUCUUUGGCCAAGUCUCAGAGUCCACCAGGUGGCAAAGUCACCAACACUGACGACUUCCUGUCUCGAUACCGCAAGCUCAUGCUGUCUUUGGGCGUGGAGCCAGACUGUGACGACAUCGCAGAUGACAUCAGCACAUUCAGGAAGCGGGUCCAAGCGCUGAGGCAAACGCUGGAGGAAGAGGAGGAAGAACUUGGCGGAGAAUUUGUCUUUAGCUCCUUGUGGGAUGACAGCGAGGAGGAAGAUGAAGAGGAAGGAGAGGAGAUGAUGAGCAGCUGUAAGGAAAGCAGCAGAGGGCACGGAGUUCCCUUUACAGGUCCAUUCAUCAGUGUCCUGUUGUCCCGGCUGGAGAACCUUCUGGAAAACUCCAUCGCUGUGAACCUGCUGGUGACGGGCAUCCUGGCACAGCUGGUGUCGUACCCGCAACCUCUGCUGAGAUCCUUCCUGCUCAGCACGGACGACCACAACCAGCCCAACGUACGAACGCUAUACCAGGUGUUGGUGUCCGUGCGUGCUCAGAUAGAGCGCUUCAUGGCGGCCAGACCUGACUAUUCUGCCCUCGUCACUCAGGCCUGGAGGUUCUUGUUAGUGAAGGACCAAGACAGCAAGUUCAGAGAGUGCCUCCAGUCUCAGGACGGCGACCUCAUCCUGGACCCAUCUCUUCCGAAUGGAUCUGUGAAGAACGCCCUGGCUUUGCCUCCUCUUGGCGUCCUGCCGCCCUGCCCUCCCAUUCCCCCGCAAGCCAAGAGCCGAGUGUUCGCCAUCGUGCUGUAUGCCGAGUUCCUGAAGGAGCUGGCCGCCAUCGCCCAGGAGCACAGCAUCGCACCGGACUGCCCUGACGAGGAGUAACCGGAGUAAUGUGUUGGUGAAAACAUGAACAAGGAGCUGCUUAGUGGCCACCAGCAGAAGACCGAAGGCUUCGAAAAGUACAAGCACAAAAUAUGCACACUGAGAGGUAAUGCAACAUAUGAGUCAUUAAUGUGAUAAAAUAUUGUUUUAUACAUAGAUUUGUAUGUACAAUAUGUUGAUAUUCCUGGCAGCACUUGAAUAUUUUGACCUUUUCCCAUGUGAAUGUGGAUAUUUACCAUGUAUGUAGAUGGAAAUGAUUUGAAGAUCACUCUGAAGGUAAAUCCAUGUUUGAUAUAUUUGUGCAAAUCGUUCUACAUGAUGUUUUCUGACAUUUUUGCACAACUAAUUAAUGUGAAAAAAAUUAAAACCAGACCAUAGCUGUGUCUCAAUUUGAAUACUUUAGUUAAUACACUUCUAUGUAGAACUCUGUGUACACUUACUGUACUGUAUUUCCUGCUAUAGUGUGAAUUUUUUAAGAAUUUGAGUACCGGAAAUGACAAUCACGACAUUUUACCGCUCUUCUUCUUGCCAAAUAGCAACCUUGCAGAGCAAAAGCGACAUCUGACUGCCAAAAUAUGAAUCUAAAACACAUGCACAACUUACAUUUCUAGUUACCGCAACCAACUCCAGCUCCGGCAGCUUCCUCUGCCACAAUGCCAGCGGUCCUUCAUCUUCGGCUACGUAGCCAAAAAGUGAAAGAAUUGAGACACAGCUUUAUUGUUGGCAAACUUCCUGCUAAAGCCAUUUUAAAAAUCACAUUCCUUCAAACUCAGGAUGGAAAACUUGCAUCAUAAAUAGAAAUAAAUAAAAACAUUCAUCAACACAAAAAAACACAACAACUGCAAGUUACCUGAUCAAUGUAAUUCAUUUUUUUGUUUUAACAAACCAUUCUCUCCAGAAGUCUCUCCUGCUUUGUGUUAUUUUGUAGAACUGAUGGAGCCUGGUUCCACAUGUCCAGUCACUUGUUUUAAUCAUCGUUGUUAUUUAAAUUUUAAAGAUGAAUCGAAAAGGUUUGGUGAUCGGUGAUCAGUCGUGUCUUCCUGUUUUUCCUGAUGUGUCUUUAUACGCGCAGAAUAAUGACGAAGCCUUAUUAGAGAUUUUAGUGCAAGAACCCGAGACGCAAAAAUGAAACGAAGAUGUAUUUUUAAUGUCUUAUAAGAUCAACUAUCAGAUCUGGAUCUAAUUUGCACUUCUCUCAUUGUGUGUCAUCGCUUUCAGUGUUCAGUGUUUGCUUUUCUUAUAAAUUAAUUUAAUUUUUGUCCUGUUGAAGUUUUUUUUGCCGUCAUGCUUCAAUUCAACAACACAAAUACUGUUUUCAAGAUCCGAACUCUAAAAGGCGUCUUCAUCAUUAAACUGUGUCACCAUGGAGACGUUACAGGAUGCUGGACACUGCCACCUGUUGGUGAACCACAGCUGGGACAUGUUUCCCUUUUUUUUACUGUCUCUUGUCUCCUUUUGGAAAUGAUUUGCCAAAAUGAACGUGAAAAUGAAUAAACUGGUUUUGACAAUCUGAUUUUCAGAAAGUCUGUCAUGCAGAUUUCAUCAUUUCUUUGCUUAU